GUGUCAGUGGGGGGAAUAGUGCCCAUCAUAGGUGUCAGUGGGAGGAAUAGUGCCCCGUCAUUGGUAUCAGUGGGGAGGAAUAGUGCCCCGUCAUUGGUGUCAGUGGGAGGAAUAGUGCCCCGUCAUUGGUGUCAGUGGGGGGGAAUAGUGCCCCAUCAUAGGUGUCAGUGGGGGGAAUAGUGCCCCGUCAUUGGUGUCAGUGGGAGGAAUAGUGCCCCGUCAUUGGUGUCAGUGGGAGGAAUAGUGCCCCGUCAUUGGUGUCAGUGGGGAGGAAUAGUGCCCCGUCAUUGGUGUCAGUGGGAGGAAUAGUGCCCCGUCAUUGGUGUCAGUGGGAGGAAUAG